CGCAACAGUCGCAAAGGCACCAUAAGUAGUGUCCAGACAGCACAGUGCAACUCGCCUCCUCCGCUGAAAGAAUUUGCUCUCUUCUCUCAUCUGGAUUAACAACUUGCUCGCCUUCUACGCAAGUCCGCAAACUGCUCGUCUACAGAAAGAGCUCGCACCCAAAGCGCAAAGCCCGUCGCUACUACCCUCCCGAUAGCCCACCAUGGCAGACGCACAGCUCUUCGAAGAAACCUUCAACAUAACCAAUGUCAACAGCGCACAAUACGACCGCGUCUCGCGCCUCACCGGCACCUCAACCGACAACUUAGUCUCCAUGACGCUCGACAUAAACCACGAGCUGUUCCCCGUGUCCGUAGGCGACAACAUCAACCUAGUGCUCGCAACAACGCUGAAUCUCGACGGGACAAAGGAAGAGAAGGGGUGGCGGGAGAUUAGCAAGCAGGGUGAAGCGACGCUUGCGGACAUGUUCGAUUAUGUGUGCUUUGGGAAGUGCUAUCGGGUUGAGGAAGGGGAUACGGAUACGGUGAAGGUGUACAUUUCGUUUGGCGGGCUGCUGCUUGUCAUGCAGGGUCCGUAUAGGAAGCUGACGGGCAUGAAGAUCGAUCACAUCUACCUGCUGGUCAAGAAAUGAGGUUCUAAACGGUCGGUUUGGAUAUCACGGAAGCGCACGAAAACUAGCAUGGGGCGGCGUUUAGGAAAAGAAUCUAGUGUGGUGUCAGUCUAUUUGAUUCAGCUUGGCAAAAGGUGCCCGGAUACCCAAGGAAAGGCGCCCUUUAGAUCAGAUAAUCCUCUACGGAGUAGGAAACUCGAGUUUGCGAUGCAGUCGCGAAGCAAUCUCAAUAUAAUCCUUCUCGUUCUCGC